AAGCGCAACGAUUCGCGCACUCAGUCGUGGGCAGACGUGUCGAGGUACGGGGGAGGCAGCGACACGCGGGCCUCUGGCCGCUUUUCCAGCGCGAGCGGGACCAGCGGGCAGGGCACAGGGAUAGGGGCCGAGGGGCCGGGUUUCGGGUUCCGGAUUCCUGCUGGGUUAGGGUUACAUCGGAUUUGCCACCUAGGGCGGCUGAAUUGA